CUGCUACCGCAGGAGACACGGGAGCGCUGAGCCAGAGCUGUUCAUGCAACCCUCGUGGUCCUCCCAGGCCAGCAGGAUGAGGGGGUCUAGGCAAGCAUUCCUUAAUUUAUUCUGCAUCCUCUGGCUCCCGCUUCUGCUGAAGGCUGCCUCUUCCUCCCCUCUCCCCCGUGGAAAUGACCCACCACCCCCUUCGCUCCCCUCCGGGCUGUACAAAGGACAUACCUGCGUCGGAUGCGUGCUUGUGGUGUCUGUAAUUGAACAGCUUGCACAGUGGCACAACAGUACAGUAAAGGCAGCCAUGGAGAGGUUGUGCAACUACAUACCUGAAAAACUGCAAGGUUUCUGUUACGUGCUUGCUGAACUUUACGGACCUCACAUAGCUGAACUCAUAGACAGGGAAAUGAAUGCCGAUGUGGUCUGCCAUUCCUUGAAGCUGUGUAAACAGGAUCCAGGACAACCGCUUUGUCAUCUCUACCCUCCUCCAAAGGUGGGGCUGAGUACUGCAAUAAGAAAAGCAAAAAGGAUUAUGAAGACUUCCAAGGACCUGAAAAGCUUCAUGGGGUUCUCAAGUGUAUGUGCAUUUCCUCUUCUGGCUAACCUGUGUGAGAAGAUUAAAUAUGUCAUAAGAAAUAAACUGCCUUUUGAAGAUUUUGACGGAGAUAAAUUUAGUACUUUCCCGACAUUGAGGGGCUAUCACUGGCGAGGCAGAGACUGCAACGACAAAAACAUCACCGUGUACCCUGGCAGACGUCCCGAUAAUUGGGAUGUGAAAAGUGACUCUAACUGCAAUGGCAUAUGGGGCGUGGAUCCAAAAGACGGAAUCCCCUACGAGGAGAAAUUCUGCAAAGGUGCAGACUCACAAGGGGUCGUGCUGUUGGGAGACUCGGCCGGCGCUCACUUCCACAUCCCUCCUGAGUGGAUGACUGUCACGCAGAUGUCAGUGAAAUCAUUCGCUAAUCUCCCAAUGGCUUUCACCGAUGAGCUUGACUGGCCCCAGUUCUCAGAGAUCACUGGAUUUCUCAACUCCACCAUCGGAGGCUGGACUGACUCUCUGUAUCUACGCUUACGCAGGAGAAAUCGCUGUAAUCACAGAGACUUACAGAACAUUUCCCAAAAUGGUGGUUCUUCAGGAAACCUCCUCUAUUUAAUAAAAAGCUUGGCCAGAAACCAGUUGUUGGACAACCCAGCCAUAGUUAUCUACGCUACAAUUGGGAAUGAUGUCUGCAAUGGGAACCGUGACACGCUGGCUCACAUGACUACACCCAAGGAAAUGCUCUCCAACGUGGUGCAAGCUCUGCGAUACCUGGACUCCCGUCUUCCAAACGGCAGCCAUGUGAUUUUAACAGGCUUGGUAGAUGGCCGCUUUCUUUGGGAUAGCCUGCAUGACAGAUACCAUCCUCUAGGGCAGCUGAACAGGGACAUCACCUACAGACAACUUUAUUCUUUCCUCGACUGCCUCCAGGUGAGCCCCUGCAGCGGCUGGCUGACCCCCAACGAGACCCUCAGGAAUUUGACCUCGGAGAGAGCUUUACAACUUUCCAAUGUCCUGAAAGAAAUAGCGAGAUCUGAGAAAUUUGCCAACUUUGAUAUUUUCUACAUGGAUUUCCCACUGAGACAAACGGCUGAGGAGUGGCACAAGAUGGGAGGCGAGCCCUGGCAGCUGAUCGAACCAGUCGAUGGCUUCCACCCCAGCCAGAUUGCUGCAGCCCUUGGAACAAGCAUUACCUGGCAGAAGGCACUACAUGAAUGGCCUCAAGUGCUUGGAAAGGAGAAUCCGUUCAACGACCAGAUUGAAGCUAUAUUCAAAGAUCAAGGCGGACACUGACUUCCAAACUGCCGGAGCCCUGACGUGGUUUACGGUGAUGCUUCCCAGUGCAUUCCACGAAACAAGAUGGUUAAAGACACACACACAAAAAGGGGGAGGGCAAGUUAUCAGAGCCAGGAGCAGUGGACAUAACGUAACAGCAUUCUUUUCAGUCUUGUAUCUCACCUGCACAAGUAGGCUAUGCUUUUUCUGUGGGGCUACAAAAAUUAAAAUCAAAGGAUGCCUGCCAGCUAGACCAUUUAUUGUACUGGUUUGCAAAUCCAUACAAUUUUUUCCAUGUAUAGCAAACUCCUAGCCCCACCUCAUUUUUUUUCCCCCUGCAGAACAUUAUUUCUGGGCUUUCCAUUUGUACUGUUUCAACAGUUAACCUGGUCCCAAAAGGGGGAGGGGGAGGAAGCCCCAGACUUGUUAUGUCGCUAUAAAUUGUGUGUAUGUAAUUGCCCUGACUGUCAAUACAUUAUUUAGCUGCUCUUUGCUUAUUAAAAUGUGCCAGGAAUAACAAGGCGCUAGAAUUUGAUUUGCCUGGCAGGCUGACUGCGCACAGGUUCUCUUCCCCCCCGUUAACAAGGUGGUAACUUGACAACCCUUCAUGUAUUGAAAACAAGUUGCUUUUUCAAGCUUUAAUACAUCUGUGCUCUUUUGCUUCCUAACGAACACAAUAUAACCAGUCCUGUACCUUUUACAGGCAUGACCCAGGGAAUCACUGAAGAUACUGGGCAGCCCUUACCUGCUCUAUUUCAUACGCAGAAUUGAAGGUUGAGAAUUAAUAGUAGUUUUUUCAUCAGCUUAUCCAAUGCUUUUUGCAAAAUAAACAAACAAAUACACAUAUAUAAAAAAUUAGGGACAGCUCUACCCUACUUGCAGCCCGGCUGGUGAUGAAGGGAUCAGACAGCAAAAAUGUCACU